GUGUAGUUCGUGUCGAUAGUAUUGAUACAUUUGUUUUCAUCCGGAAUAUUUCAAUAGUGAUUUGUUAUAAAUAUUUAAAAAUGGCUAUAAUUAUGUUUAUGGAAGAAUGCGUAAAAAUUAGUGCGUGAUUGCGUCUAUAAUUAAUAACUCGGAAUCUAAUUUAUAUAAUCUUGAAUGAACGGCGUAAUUGGAAUGGCUCAGCGAUUAAGCAACAAGGCAAAACUGAAAUCGUUAUUGACCGUAACCAGUAGCGCAGUCGCUCUGUUUGGUGGCAUUUCUCUCUACCAAGGCAACGAAAGAUUUUACAGUGACGUCGCUAUACCUCUGGUGCAACUGAUAGAUCCGGAAAUCGCUCAUAAACUCGCAGUGAAAACUCUGAAAUAUGGCCUCGUACCAAAGCAAAAAACAGAUGAUCCUACCUUACUCCAAACAACUGUGUUGGGUUUGCAGUUUAAAAAUCCGAUUGGUAUGGCUGCGGGAUUCGAUAAACAAGGAGAGGCAGUAGAAGGAUUGCACAAGAUUGGUUUUAGUUUUGUAGAGAUAGGUUCUGUGACACCUAAACCUCAAUCUGGUAAUCCAAAACCUAGAAUUUUUAGAUUACCAGAAGAUAAUGCAGUUGUAAAUCGAUAUGGAUUUAACAGUGAUGGUCAUGAUAUUGUAUGGGAUCGCCUCAAGAGAUUAAAGGAGAAUAAAAAUUUUGGUGGCAUUCUUGGGGUGAAUUUAGGUAACAACAAGGAGACAAAAGAUGCGAUUCAAGAUUACAUUGAUGGCAUAAAAAGAUUUAUGGAUGUAGCAGAUUAUUUUGUAAUUAAUAUUUCUAGUCCCAACACUCCAGGUUUAAGAUCUUUGCAAAAUAAGAAGAAUUUGGAAGAAUUACUGACCAGAAUAAAUGCAGCAAGAGAAUCAUUGGAUAGUAAACAGCCAUUACUUUUAAAAUUGGCUCCAGAUCUGUCGGAUUCUGAGCGACAAGAUGUGGCAGAUGUAGUUUUAAAUAAGAAGUCUAGAGUCGAUGGUUUAGUUUUAUGCAAUACCACAAUUACGCGAACAAACUUGAUUAAUCCAAACAAGAAAGAAAGCGGAGGCCUCAGUGGUGCACCUCUCGUAGAUAUUUCCACAGCUAUGAUAUCUGACAUGUAUAAACGAACGCGUGGCAGCAUCCCAAUUAUUGGCGUAGGUGGUGUUUUCUCUGGAGCUGAUGUUUAUGUCAAAAUAAGAGCUGGUGCUUCGCUGGUGCAACUUUAUACCUCGUACAUAUAUCACGGACCGCCAAUAGUUGGCAAAAUCAAAAAAGAAUUAUGUGAGAUACUUAAAAUCAACGGUUUUUCUUCCGUAAUUGAUGCAAUAGGCAAGGAUGUUGAGAAUAAAUAGAUGUUUUAAUUCUAAUGUGUUUAUAUAUACGUA